AGCCCUCGCUUUCCUUCUCUCGCUCUCUCUCUCUCUUUCUCUCUCUUUUCUUUCGGAAAAUGAACUCCAUGUUAUAUACUCUAUACGGGUUUGCGGUAUUUUUCAUGAUAUUCUGGUCGGGCAUGUGGGUGGUGCACGUGCUGGCGUUGAUCGCCGGUCGCUGGAAGCUGCAUCGGAAGACAAACCAGCCGCCGAGCUAUGAGACGCCGUUACCGGGGGUGUCGGUGAUCAAACCGCUGAUGGGGGUCGACCCGAAUCUCUUCGGCAACCUCGAGACUUUCUUCACCAUGGAGUAUCCGCGAUACGAGCUGCUCUUCUGCGUCGAGGACGAGUCCGAUCCCGUGCUGAUGCUCGUGCGCAAACUCGUGGACAAGUACCCGGAGGUCGACGCGACCAUCUUCGUCGGCGGCUGCAAGGUCGGGGUAAAUCCAAAGAUCAACAACAUGCAGCCGGCGUAUGAGACCGCCAAGUACGAGCUGGUGCUGAUCAGCGACAGCGGCAUACGUAUGAAGGAGGACACUCUUCUCGACAUGGUCCAGCAUAUGACGGACAAGGUGGCGCUGGUCCACCAGAUGCCGUUUACCUGCGACCGCGAGGGCUUCGCUGCCGUCUACGAGAAAAUCUUUUUCGGCACGGUGCAGUCGCGGAUGUACUUGGCCGCGGAUAUGCUCAGGAUCAACUGCCAUACCGGCAUGUCGGCCCUCCUGAGAAAGGCCACGCUGGACGAAGUUGGUGGCCUGAAGGCGUUUGGCAUGUACCUCGCGGAAGACUUUUUUUACGCCAAGUCGCUCAUCGACCGUGGCUGGCGCAUCACCGUCUCCUCGCAGCCGGCGCUGCAGAACAGCGGCCACUGCGCGGUCGACACCUUCCAGACGCGAUUGCGACGGUGGGCUAAGUUGCGAGUUGCAAUGCUGCCCACCACCAUCGUCCUCGAGCCGCUGAGCGAGUGCCUCGUCCUGGGUGGAUUCGCCUCCUGGGCGGCUAGCGUGCUCUUCGAAUGGGACUCCCUAGUUUUUUACCUAGUGCAUAUACUCCUGUGGUUCAUGUUCGACUGGACGCUGCUGUGCGUGGUGCAAAACGGUCCGCUGCCUUUCAACAAACUCGAAUUUGUGUGCGGGUGGUUGCUCAGCGAGAUUACGAGACCGUAUCUUUUCCUUCAGGCUGUCCUGGAUCCCCUUAUACAGUGGCGCUCGCGUGUUUACAAGCUCAAGUGGGGCGGCGUCGCGGAGGAAGUUAAGGCGAAAGUCAAAUAUUAAGAAAUCGCGUCGUCGUGCGAGUGCAUGAGUGCGUGCGUGAAUUGAAUGCAUGCGCGCAUACGCACGCACGUAUCAAACUAGGACGGUGAGGAGGAGAAAUAGAGACAGCGUUCCCUCCUCUUUCUUUUUUUUGUAACUGAUAAGUGCCCGUACACGUGUGUGAGAUGUUCUAAUCAUCGCAUCUUUCUUCUUGUAGGUCUCUCUUUUUUUCUCUCCCCACCCUUUUUCUUAUUGUUAGUUGAUCUUUUGAUAAACUGAUAAGUUCUAACUGAAUCAAAGAUAAAGAGAUUUUUGCGGAUUAGACUAAGAAGCUAGACAUAGGCUAGUAUCAUAUUCGAAUUUUACAUUUAAAAUCGUCUUAAGUACUGUCUUAAGAUGUCAUAAACUAAUCACAGAGUUGUAUUUGCAUUUUAAGACCAUUUUAUUAUUUGAGACGAUCUUAAAAUAAGAUUCGACUCUGAAUAUCGGCUGUAAAGGAAUGAUUUUUUGUUUUAGAAAGGAAAUUUUGUCUCGAUAUGAUUUUAAUUUCCUACUAAAUUAUUAAAAUAUUGAUAAUAUUACAUGAUAUUGAGUUUCAAAUAAGAUCUUGUACUAUAUUCGUAUUGGAUAUCAAUUUUUUUACGAAGACAUGGUUUAAGAAAAAAAUUUGAUAAAAUUUUUAUCAAUUAGAAUUUUAAAUUUACGAGGUAUAGGUCUGUCCUUUUCAAGUGAAUUUCUUGCAUUGUUCAUUUUUCCCUAAUGCAAUACAAAUGUAACGCACAUUGUGUGUAUAAUGGUGGCUAGGCAUUAAUUUUUAAUUUGGAACUUUUUGAUUGGUCCAAGAACAACCACAUAUGACCAAUACGUAUUGGUUUUUACAAUUUGAGGAAAAUUUCUGAUUGGACUUAAAAUUGCUGUUAUUUUGAAUGAUUGCACGGACCCACGGACAUGUUUUGCUCAACUUUUCUCUACUAAUGAUCAAUAAUCUACUUAUAACAGUCUAAACUACAGUAUGUAAAAAAGUAAUUUGGACACUUAUUUUCAGAAUAUUUCAAUAAUCCACCAUAAAAAUUUUGUUUUCUAUAUUUUUACAGCAUGCAUUUUUCCUCUUAUUAUUUUUAUGUUAAAGAAAAAAAGGAAAGACGAACGGUGCAACAAGUAUCAGUCCAAAAGAAAACGUUAUGUAAUACGAAAAAGAUUUUCUAAAUUCUUUGUUUCGAAACAAUUGUUCUUCCGUACACUGGAAUUCUUCAUGGAAUGCUCUCUCAUUGAAUAUUCACUAUGUGAUCGAUAUGUCAAUUGAGAAAGCAUUUGCGAAUCAACACAAUGUCAUUUUCAUUUUGUAUAUGAAUUCAUUAAAAUAGGAGUGAAGAUUAAAAAGAAAUUCCAGAAUGAAGGGAGCUCAAUUCUAAUCGUUCCAGAUUAAAAGGGUCCUACUGUUUUGUAAAAUGAUGCUUGGAACACCUCGUUUAGAAUAGAAUUUCUCAAAUAAAAGCUUGAACAUUGCUAUAUUUAGUUAAAUAGUGUAUUUUUCAGAAACAUUCACGUUACUUAAUAUUUAUGCACUUUAUUAAUAUGGAAAUGAAUUCAACAAUUUAUGGUAUAUACAUAUAAUCCUUUAUUAUUACUAUAAUUAGUGAACUUAUGUAAAAUAAAUAAUGUAAAAUAUAACUUUCUUCAUAGGCUGCGUUCCAAAUUUUAAUGUCAGUGCUGAAAAUCUAUAGUUCACGUUACGUAUAUUAUUGAUUUUCCAUACUGACAGUGAAUUUUGUAAUUAGCUUGAAAUACAACGGAUUAUCAGUUACAAGUUAUUAAACAAUGUUCUCUUUUACUUGAGAAGCUCUAGUUUAAGAUACUAUUUUAUUUACGGUACAGUUUUCAAACGUGUUGAUUAUUUACAGAACCGAAAAUUUACUUUGUAGUUAAUCAACACGUUUGAAAGAUUUGUACUGAUAAAAGAAUCUUUAUUCUAUACAUAUGCGAUGCGCGUUUUAAACUUACUAUGGGGAUCAAUUCAUCCAUUUUUAUUGAUUCUAUUUUUUAUAUUUUACGUAAUAUAAAAUUGUCGGGAAACCGAAUAAAUUAUUAAUUUCUACAUUUUGUACUUUACUAAUGAAGAUAAAUUCGAGAAUAUUGAAAUAAGAGUGGACGCAGAUAUGUAAUUCGUUAAAUGUAUAGAUAAAUGAAAUAGAAAAUCAGAAUUUAUAUUUACGAGAUAAAAAUAAAAUUGGCCGAAUUGAUUCGCAUGCGAAAUGUGACGCGUCAACCAAUAAGAGAAACGUUUGACACAUAAUUAUUUCCAUUGAGUAUGCUCAAUAUGGUGCAAUGUUUUUUGUGUAGACUAUUUAUUUAUAUGGUAGAACCUCUCUACUCUAUUAUCUUUAAUUUUACAUUCCCUUUUACACAUACAUAUUUUUUUAAAUACAAUUUUCUGUAUUUAAAAUAAAUUACUUCGACUAUUAAUGUCUAUAUGGAAAUCAAAAAAUGAUGCCAAAUACGAACAGUGGGAAUAGCAGUCAUAUUUAAGAAAAGAUAAAUAUUUCCAUUUUUCUAUUUUAGUUAAUUUUUCUACAACGCAUCAAAUAUAAUUUUAUUCAUAAGUUCAAGAAAGGCAAAUAUAUAUCGUAUUUAAUUUUGUUUUAAUUAUUACCACCAAUAUUACUAGAAACGCAAAAACUGAAAUAAAUUUUUGAAAUUGGAUUGUUUUGCUCUUUAAGAUGUUGAGUGUAAUAUAACAGCUUUAUGAAUAGAUAGAACAGGUUAAACUGAAUGUAACUCUAACUUGUCUCUUCCACUUUGCGCAUUCGCCGAUGGCACACUUAUUUGAAGAUCUUUGUAAAUUAUUAUAAAAAUCUCAUAAAACGGGGAGGACUUUUUUAAAUUCUGAUUAAUCAAUUUUACUUGCUUGAAGAGCUGAUCUUAUAACAAGAUACCCUGUAGAUAUUUAAAUAAUUAAUUAAUUAAAAAUGUGCGGUAAAAUAAGUACAUUGUAAUUUAUUAUUAUAUAGAUGUUUCAUAGAUAUGAGCACAUAUUUUACGACUUAUUGCCUUACGAUAAUAUUGUCAUAUAUCAAAUUAAUUUUUUCUAUAAUUAUUAAUCACACAGAUAAUUGAAUAUAGGUAAUAAUAAUAAGAAAAAUGCGAUUUUUAAUAAUGUAAUAAAAUUUGAGUAUUUUUACCGCACCACAUAUACUAUCUUAAAAAUGUAAAACCAAGGAUCUAUGUGUUACUGGUUUUUAAAUAGGUUAGAUUGGCUUGAAUGAUUAUGGCUGCGUUCCGAUAUUCACUGUCAGUAUUGAAAAUCUAUAGUUUACGUCACAUAUACUGUAGAUUUUCAGUACUGACAGUAAAUAUUGGAAUGCAGUCUAUGUCAUCAAUCGUAAACCAAGAGGAUUCGUAGUAAGACGCCUCGUAUGCGAUCUAGCAUGAAAAAUCGUAUCGUGUGCCGAAGGCUUAAGAUGAGAUCAAGUUUUACUUAUUAUAUUUUUUACUGAUUAUUAAUAAUAUUUAAUAAUAUCAAAAUGUAAUAAACAAAGUCUAAUCGUUCUAAGCAAUAUAACUAAUUUUAAAAAUAAUAACAUAUAGAUUCUUGGCCUCAAAUUUUUUACUUACAGUGUAUAUACAUAUGUAUUACAAAUACUUAUAUGAACGGUAAUAACAGUAUAAUAAUAAAUCAUGAAAUUAAUAUUGCAUUAUGAGCUGUUAUUCAAAUUUUGGCAGACACGCAAACUUCCUUAAAACAGUUCUUGAUAGUAUUUUUUUUUAUUAUUGAUGUACAAGUAUGAUAGCAAGUCAUUUAAACAAUUUUUUUUAUUAAAUAUUACUAACAAUGUAAAAUUUUGAAUUGUGAAUGUGGGUGCUAAAAAAAAUUUUGUUAAGUUUUUUAUUUAACAUUUAAUUAAAAUUUAAAAAUUACAUUUUAAUAUAUCAUGAAAUAAAUAGCAAAAAAAACCGUAAAGUCAAUAAUGGAAAUAUAUAAAAUGUUGAGAAAAAGAUUCAAAAUUGUUUAAGUUUAAUUUUCUUCUCUUUGUGAACUAUACGCUAUUAAAGUCAUUAACUUUUAUUUUUAAUUUUCGUAUAUAUAAAUAUAUGUAUGUUUCUGUUUUUAUGUAAAUGUGGCUGCAUGACUCACUUUUGCGUUUCUUUGAAAUCCGUUUGCGAUAGCUUUGAAUAGCUUACGAUAAUUUCGAAGCAAUUGUCUCGCUGUAAAUUGGAAUUCUCAUCCAGCACUAUUCUGCCACCGCGCAUUCGUUAAAUGAUCUCAUGGUCGUAUGUAGAGUGAGAAAGCAAGUGGAAGAUAGAGCACGCAUCAUUUUCAUCUACGCAUUUUUAUAUGCUGUAGGAACAAAAAUAAGAACUAAAGAAAGAUUUCAGAAUAGAGGAGUUCUACUAUAAUAAUACGUAAAACUAGUCGUGAUUAAAUAUACAGAUUAAAGAUAUUCUUUUUCAUUGCGAUACCACAUGGCUAUGUUUUCAUCUUUCCAUGCGUUGUUAUUAUGGAAAUUUAUUCUAUAGUUAAAACGAAUUGAAAUUGCGUGCGAAUACGUUUUCAUUGUGGUUUUAUUUGACAAAUUAAGCGAAUUGUCAAAUAUACAUGAUCCGGAAAAGUGUGGGUGGUUUUUCUGUGAUUAUCUGGGCUCAAACUGAGGUGAAUAAAUUCCAUUCCUCACAUACAAAUGUACACGCUGCACGAUUAAUGUUUCAAUGUGUUUUGUAUAAUUUAUUUGACUCGAUCUUUUGUAGAUACGCACAUAAAUAAUUUUUAACGCAUCUAUUUAUCUUUUAUUUGGUUUCGAGUAAAAUACAAAAUUGCGAGCUUGGGUAAAUUUAUAUGAUAUAUGUUUACGAUAAUUAGAUUACAUUUGUUGAUUUGCUAAAAUUACUUGCGUUGUACUUAAUUUAGAUGAACCGACAUAUUUAUACCUAUGUAUAUAGUGAACAUCAAUUAUCUGGAUAUCGAUAAUCCGAAUAAUUUUUUUUUCUUUUAACCAAUGUCUAAAUAUAUCUAAAUAAAGAAUUUCUAUUAUAUCUUGAUUUUCACGAUAUUUAUUUAAAUUAAAUUUCAUUUAAUGCAUUAUUUACAUUUUGCUUGUUUUUCUUUUUUUACUUGAGACUUUCUGUGGAUAAUCUGUAGUGAAUGCAUUAGCUUUUCGACUUGUUCCGAUAAUUGAUGUCUUACUAUAGUUUUUCUAAGCUACAAAUCUUUAUGAUUUUUAAAAACUUCCAUAAUGCGCUUGGUUUUUGUAAAUUUAUUAAAGGUCUGCGUUAUAUAGAUGAUAUUCAUUUGAAAUUUGAAUAAUUCACAUUUAUAGUGAUAAGAAACUCUGUUUAAAAUUUCCGCGAAAUUUGUGAGCUAUCAUUGAAACAUCGAAAAUUAGACUUUGUAUACGCUGUUACGAUGUAUUAAAAUAAAGCAAUACGUACCACAUUAAAGAUUAUUAUAAAUAUACUUGAUUUUUAAAUUAAACUUUUAAAUUUGUGUUGAAAUUAUUAAUAUACAAGUUACUAUUAUAUUUUACAUAUCGUAUCGCUAAACCGAUGUACUUAUUGAACAAUUUAUUACUAUGUUAAACAUGCCAUGCAUUGUGAAAAUUAAUAUUUGGCGAAAAUACAUGUUUUAAAUAAAAUAA